AGAUUCCAGUGAGUUUUAUUCUUUAUGUACAAGAUUUUCUAUGUCUUAUACUUCUCCUAAACUAACUAGCCAGAUCUAAUCUGUUACUUGCAGAGUACUUCUUCUUAGUUCAGUCACUAUAUAUUCUAUGCCCAUUGCCCAAUAACUAACACCUUCUAAUCUCUCUCUCUCCCUCUAUGGCAAGAAUCAUAGAACCUCUCAUUGUUGGAGGAGUCAUAGGAGAUGUUCUUGAUCCUUUCUUACCAGCAAUCAAAAUGUCUGUCUCUUACAAUAGCAGACAAGUCCACAAUGGUCAUGAGCUUUUUCCUUCCACACUUGUUUCCAAGCCUAAGGUUGAAAUCCAAGGAGCUGACUUGAGAUCUUUCUUCACAUUGGUCAUGAUAGAUCCAGAUGUUCCUGGUCCUAGUGAUCCUUACUUGAGGGAGCACCUGCACUGGAUAGUGAGCAACAUUCCAGGAACAACAGAUUCCACAUUUGGAAAGGAAGUGGCGAGCUAUGAGAUUCCAAAGCCUAACAUUGGGAUCCACAGGUUUGUGUUUGUUCUAUUCAAGCAAAAAAGAAGACAGAUAAUAAGUCCACCUUCUUCAAGAGAUAACUUCAACACUCGAAGAUUUGCUACUGAAAACGAUCUUGGUCUUCCUGUUGCUGCUGUUUUCUUCAAUGCACAAAGAGAAACUGCUGCAAGAAGACGCUAAUUAAUCAGACGUUUACAUUUAUGAGAUCCUUGGACAUCUCUUCUUCAAAUUUUCCAUGUCAGUGAAAGCUUGUCAUCAUCAUCAUAAAUAAAAUAACU